AGAGAUGAGAGCUCUUUAUGCUUAAUCUUGUAAUGAGUUUGUUUGCGUAAUGCAUUUACCCAAAUGGACUUCCUAGCUGGAGAAGCACAGAGCUUAUGCAUACUGCACUGGCUGUGAGGCGCAUUGCUGGGGAUAAGCCAGGGAUAAAUGAAAAGGCUGCAUGAGAAAACAGUGCUGAGAGCUGUAACGCUAUCACUAGAGCUAGAUAUGCUGAAUGUAUUAAUACAAAUAGUUAAAAUACUGAUCACUGCUAUCUGGGGAUGAUAAGCUUAAAACAGCUGCUAUGAGACAGUACGUUGCUGUCUCCUGCUGCAGUUCUCUGAUAAAAGUAGAAGCAGAUAGUGUAUGCCUGAGGAGAUGAGGUAUUGGUUUGUAGCUGUACUUCUUAUUCCUCGGGGUUUAUACUGAGUGGUUGCCUGUGUCAGCCCAAGCAGUAAUUUAGAAGCCUUUAUUGUUGGGGUUAGCAGUUUUCUCUUCCCAUGUAAAAAUCUAGGUUAGUGAACAUUGUCCUCCUUGUGUUGCUGAGAAAACACUAGAGAGAGAGUGAGAUAGGUUACUGAUUUACUCUGCAAAUGUUCCCAGAACCUCUCUGAAAUAAUCUAGAAACUGGAAUGUUUGCAGUCUGCUUUCAAACAGAUAUUUAAAGGGUAUGUUUUCUGUGUCUCCUCCUGAGAGUCUUUCGCAGGUGUGCUCAUGAUAGAAACCUGCAUUUCUGGCUUGUGUGUUCCUCUGGGUAAUAGGAAUGAUUGAUUCUCUUUGGCCCAGAGACUUGUGAAGAAGACUCAUCUCUCACUUGAACCAUGCUCAGUUUGGCAACCUCAUACUCUCUCACUUGCUUCUAGUGCUAAAAUCAGCAUAGUUGGGUAUGGUAUUGCAGUCAGAUGUGAUAGCUCCCAGUCCUUAUGGGAAAGCACCAGAAGUUUCACUUCCACCAAUGUUUUCUACAAUUUUUCUGCCAUUCACAAUAGCAGGAGUGGGUGUUCCCCAUGGUUGAUCCUUUGUUUUGCUCUUGAUUAUCUCUGCCUUUCCUGCUUUUUUAUAUCUUGAAUCCACAUGCAUGUGGGAAUGAUGGAAUAGAGAAAAACAUGCAAGGGCAGGCAAAUAGUUUUUAGGAAUGUUGUCUCUAAAUGUAGUAGUCUAUAUUAUAGCGAGAAUUUGAACAGUAAGUUUUCCUGAUUUCACGUAACUCUGAAAUAACCAGACUGGCACCAUUUGUCUGAGUGCAUAGAAAUCAUUGGUAUUUUAAGAGUGCUGAAUACAGAGUCAGGCCCUUAAUAAUUAUAGAAGCAUCCUUCCAGCUGAGAUGUCUUCCCUAGAAUAUGAAGGAACCAGGGCAAAACUGGAAAACUGUCCUAGAAAUAUCUUGCCAUUAAGUUUUUAAUCAUUUUCCCUAAACCUGCUUCCUAAAUUCUGCUGAUUUUUUGAAAUCAACAUCUUCUCUGGUCACUUGUCUCAGUUUCAAACUUUUUUUUAAACCCUUAUACUAAGAUGUCCAGAAUGAAAAAUUACCUUCCUCCUCCAGUGGGGUGGAGGGAGAGAGAUGCUGAAGGUACCUCAUCCCUCUAUGGUGCAAUGUCUCUAUGUAGUAGAGCCUAAGAGUGUUUAAUUUUCCCCUGCUACGUUACAUCGUAAAUUCCCAUCUGCCAGUCUGGUUAUUUCCCCUCUACCUCUAGCUCUGCUGUUUGCUACAUGUCAUUGUGCACUGAAUUCUUGUGGUUUGUAUUGUUUUUCCCAGGUAUGCUGUUCUGCUUUUUUCCCAGAUUAAUCCACUCUUGGUGUUUGCCUCUGCCUCCAGUUCUUCUACAAGUGUAGAGUCCAGCAUUGACUAAAGACAGAGAUGAAGAACUUGCUCCUUCUGCUCCUGCUAGCAAUGAUGCUGCCUUCUGCAUUUUCAGGCCAUAGGAUGAAGCGACAGGCUGGUGUUUGGGGAAGCUGGGGUGAAUGGGGCAAGUGCAGUCGGAGCUGUGGUGGUGGAGUCAGUGUUCGGCAACGGCACUGCUAUUUCCAAAGGACAGAAAGUGCUUCCAGUUGCAUUGGACCAACUCGAAGCUAUCGCUCAUGCAAUAUUCAGAGCUGUCCGGAAGGCUCCAGAGAUUUCCGGGCAGAGCAGUGUGCAGAGUUUGAUGGGACAGAAUUUCAAGGAAAGAAAUACAAGUGGCUUCCGUAUUAUGGAGCACCCAAUAAGUGUGAGUUAAACUGUAUUCCAAAGGGAGAAAACUUCUACUACAGACACAAGGAAACUGUGAUAGAUGGGACUACUUGUGAACCUGGCAAGCGGGAUAUCUGUGUAGAGGGAGUUUGUCAAGUUGUUGGCUGUGAUAACAUACUAGAAUCUACCAAGAAGGAGGACAAGUGCUUGCAGUGCGGAGGAGAUGGCAGCACCUGCUAUGGUGUGAAGGGCACUUUUGAUGUGCCCAACCUCCCCAAAGGGUACAAUCAAAUCUUCAUCAUCCCUGUGGGAGCUACCAGUAUCCAAAUCAAGGAGGUUAUGCCCAGCAGGAACUUCAUGGCUGUCAAGAAUGUGCAAGGGGAUUAUUAUCUGAAUGGGCAUUGGACAAUUGACUUCAGCCGCACGCUGCACAUAGCUAGCACAGUUAUGCACUAUGAUCGCGGCUCAGAAGGUGAUCUGGCCCCAGAGCUUCUCCAUGCCAGAGGUCCCACUACAGAGCCCUUAGUCAUUGAGCUCAUCAGUCAGGAGCCAAACCCAGGAGUACAGUAUGAAUACUACCUGCCUGUGCACGAACAGACCUCAGGUUACAGCUGGAGCUACAGUUCCUGGAGUGAGUGCAGCUCUGAGUGUGGAGGAGGUUUCCAAUCCCGUUUGGUGUUUUGUACCAUAGACAAUGAAAUUUAUCCAGACUAUAUGUGCAGGAACAAACCACAGCCAGACAAUAACCGGACAUGUGGCCAUCAGACUUGUCCCCAGACAAAACGGACUUCUUACAUCUCUCCGCCACGAGCCUGGAGCCACGGUGGAGCACGGAACUCUCAGAUGAAGAGGUGGAAAACAGGGGAGUGGGGACCCUGCUCAGCUACCUGUGGUGGAGGCACGCAGACUCGCUCUGUUUACUGUGUAGCAUUUGAUGGUCAGAGCUCCCAAGGUGUUGUGGACAAUGCUGAAUGUAUGGCCUUUGCACAGCAGCCUCACAGCAGUCAGCCCUGCAACAGGAGACAGUGUGCAACCUGGAGCACAGGACCCUGGUCAGAGUGCUCGGCCAGCUGUGGGGAAGGUGUCCAGACCCGGACUGUCACCUGCAGAACGCAGCAGGGCUCUCAGGCUCAGGACUUUGCUUGUUUAAUGGAGCCAAAGCCACCAGCCACCCAGCCCUGCCUUAAGGAGAACUGCAUCCAGGAAGUCGGCUGGCACAUUGGAGACUGGGGCCUGUGUUCGAAGAGCUGCAAUUCAGGCAUCCGGACACGCCAAGUUAUUUGCGCUGAUGGUGACUCCAAAUUCUACAGUGCUGAUAUAUGCAAAGCCAUCCAACCACAGAAGCCAGCCACCCUGGGUAGCUGCAACAUGCAGCCUUGCUACCUGCCACAGCAGGUCCCCAGUAUGCAGGACACUACGGGAUAUGAUGUCAGUCGACAGUCUUUGCUGACGCGUUACAACCCAAACAGCCCUGCCCCAGAUUCUGGUGAUGGAAGGUUGCUCCCUGGCAGCUCUGCAGUCCACAGCACCUCUGGGAAUCACCAUAUCCAUUCCACUGAGGACCACGGCAUCAACUUGUUGCCUGUUCGCUGGGAACCCCAGUCACGCUCAUCAAGUUCCCAUCAGCUCAGCAUCUCUCAGUACUCCACUGCAGGGACUGGUUCUCAGAACUGUUAUCGGAGCCCACAUGGCUGCUGUCCAGAUGGACACACUCCAGCUUCAGGCCCUUUGGGGAGAGGUUGUUCCUUCAACACCUGUCACCAAAACAGGUAUGGAUGCUGUCCUGAUGGAGUAUCAGCUGCCCGAGGUCCAAACAACAUGGGAUGCCCACAGUAUGACAGUGAUGUUCAUAUGAGAAGAAAUCAGCCUGCUGCAGCUGUUCUAACAGCAAGCCAAGCCUUGUCCCAGCAGCACCCCUCUGGCGAGUGCCGCAGUUCAGUGUACGGCUGCUGUUUUGACAAUGUCGCUUCGGCUUCAGGUCCUGAAGGGGAAGGAUGUCUCAAUAGGCCCAACUACCCAUAUCCUGUCAUGUGCCUGCUGCCCAGUGCUCACGGCCCCUGUGCGAACUGGACCACUCGCUGGUACUUUGUGACUGUUGUUGGCAAGUGCAACCGGUUUUGGUACGGCGGCUGCCAUGGCAAUAAAAACAGAUUUGCCUCAGAGGAGGAGUGCAUGAGAGUGUGUCAUAGCUCAGUGGGGGUUAGUACUCUAGAGCACCAGCCCUCUUCUGGCACAGGAACGCUGCAACAGCAGGACACCAGCUCUCGCUCUCAUAUGGGCACUUCUCAGGGUAAGCAGCAGCCCCUGCCAAGAGAGUCUUCAAGUCAUGGCCAAGAAGGAACAGCCUACAGGGCUUCACACCCCACACAGAACAGACAUGGAGAGAACAGCUGGAGAAGUGAGGUGCUGCCAGAGGCUUUGCAAAGGUCUGGUGUGCUAGAGAGCCAGCAGUGGGGCACCCAGCAAAGUAGAUUGAAAAGCCUGAGCCAGCUGCACUUGACAGGGGAAACAGCAGUGCCUGGGCCCUCCCAGAAGCAGAGUAGCAGGGGCCAGCAGGUGCUGCUACAUGAAGGCAAGCAAUGGCAGAAGGCUUCUGGAACAGAUGCUUCCAUGACAGAAGGCUUUGGGCACCAGGUGUCUGCAGACUCCUUCCCAGCACAGAGUCUGCACAGAGCCAUUCUGGAGGAAGCCAAGCCCUCUCUUGUGACAGCAGUCAUGGGACAAAAUAUCCAACUGGUCUGCAAAGCAAGCAUAUCCCCUUUCUCCAGGGUGGAGUGGAUGAAGGAUGGCAGGCCAGUCUCCUCUGACAGGCACAUCUACCAGUCCGACAGCUCCUUAGUUAUCAGCCACGUCAAACUGGAGGAUGCUGGGACUUACACAUGCCUCAUUUCUGAUGGGAGGACAGAGAGACGGCGGCAGAUUCAGUUACAGAUCAUAGAGUACCAGAGUGCUGUUCUGGCAGAGGGUGAGAGAGGUCAGGUCCUUCACAAGGAAAAUCAGCAGCACCGAGAGCUACCCAGAGGCGGGAAGGUUGUACAGGCAGCCGGUUCCUCUGUGCAACAGCAAUUCACAUAUAGGUUGAGAAUGGACAAGAGCGAGCCCUCAGUAGUGGAGGCCAAAGUGGGGGAGAGAGUCAGACUGCCCUGCACAGUAGAAGCAUCUCCAGCUCUCACCAUUGAGUGGCAGAAAGAUGGGCAGCCCCUCUCCCCUCCCAGACAUAGACAGCAGUCAGACGGGGCCCUGGUGAUCAGCCGGGUCAGCUCCGAGGACGCCGGCUUCUUUACCUGCAUUGCCUCGAAUGGACGUGACCAGGACCAGCGCCAGGUCCUGCUCCGGCCUCUAGGAGGGCUGAGGAUUACUGGUCUUCUGCCAAGCAUCAAGGUAUCUGAAGGAGAAACUGCUCAACUUCAUUGCACAGUGACUGGCAACAAUGUGAAUAUAAGGUGGUCAAGAAAUGGAGUCCCAGUGCGGGCAGAUGGGCGCCGUAUCCACCUGUCCCAGGAUGGAAGCCUGACCAUAAGCAAUGUUCAGUUGGCUGACGAGGGAUCCUACACAUGCAGCGCCUACAGCAGCAGCAACUCUGUCAGUGCCAGCACGGAGGUGAAAGUGUUGAGGAGCAGGCCCAGCACAACUGUGAAUCACGUUGUGGACCUGAGCAGAGAAUGCGUGGACCAGCCGCACCUCGCCAACUGUGGCCUGAUCAUGCAGGCCCAGCUCUGCGGUAACGAGUACUACGCCAGCUUCUGCUGCGCCAGCUGCUCUCACUACCAACCGCACGCCAGCCCUCCCCAUCACAGUGGGUGACCGGCACCACCAAGGCCGCAUGGAACAGCAGGUGACAAGACAGGAACUUUGAACUCUGUCCUUCUACUGCAUGAAACUGUUCUGGGAGCUCUGCUCUGCUUGAAAGCUCAAGAGAGUGGAUUUCAUGGUGUAGUGGGUGUAAUUGCCAAAAGGUGCGAGAACCACCAUCUUCAGGUUUAUUGCAGACUUCUUUCCCCUGACCCCUGUAUGCCUUGCAAUAGCUUAUCCAUGUCUCCACGUAAUGGUAGUUGCUGCUUUUCACAGCAGGAAGUGACACUGGGAAUGCAAGGGCUCUGUGACUCUAGAGAGAGCAAACCAGAAUGAAAGAUUCUUCACAUAAGAGAAUAGCUCAAAAAAGCGCCAUAGUCUGAAGGGUCUGAAGGUGGGCCUGAACUGUCUUAACAAGAGCACUUAUGACCGAGGAACAUUUGUAAUGCUGAGGAGCACGUUCCAUCUAAAUGCAAAGGAAUCUGGCCACGACAAACAGCUUGAUGCAUACAAAAUUAGCAUUAGAGUCCUGUGAGACAGCCAGCUCUAGGGAUGCAGCUGUGAUGUCACCUACUGAAGCUAUGUAAUGUAGCUGUUUUAUUACAGUGCUCUGAAGUAGAAUUUAUCUUUGGGCCAGUUUGGUUUCCACUUGGAUGUACUCAGCUUUUGGAUUGAAAUGCAGAAGCAAUGUUCUGCAGAAAGCUUUGGACAAAAUGGAAGAAUAUGUUUAGCCCUUUCUGAAUGGUGGGAAUCAUCUAGGUUAACGUAAUAACAAACACUACAGUAUGUUCUGAGAUGCUGCAGAUUAAGUAUCAGUAUCUCUCAGAAGUAUUAUGAGGUUAGUUUGGUUUUUCCAGAGCCAGACCAUGCUGUUGAAUUUAAUGCAAAUAUGGGCUCUUGGUAGUACUGUGCUGGGUAUUAGCUUGGAGAGGAGAGUAAUAUACACAUGGAAAUAGGUGUAGGGAUACUUGUCUUGCUGGAAUAAAUUUCCCAAUGAUCUUCUGUGGUGUCAGUAAACUCCAGAAACACCUGGGUCUGCAUGUGGCCUGGGCUGAUUCUUGCUGUUACGUGCUAACAAAUAGGGAUUUCCAGAUACAGAGGCAGAGCAGCUAGUAAAGAGCUGAAAAGCAUCCCUCCUGUCUGGACUAACACAGAACACAGAGUGGCAGCUAGCAUGCAUGAGGCACUGAAAGAGAAAUCCCCAGGGAUUAAGAUAUGUGUGUAUGUGUGUGUAUGAUUGAUAGUGUAGGAUGGUUUGUUGACCCAGCAAAGGCACAUGGCAUCUUCAGUAUCUCGAAACAGAAUUAGACCUUCCAAGCAAAACCUUUUUUUUUUUUACAGCCUCAAUAUUGUUUGCUGCAGUGUUGGCCCUAGCAGCAGCCUCAUUCUGCACUACCUUCUGAGACUUGGGGUGGGUCACUGACGUUAAUUAGCACAAUUUAUUGUACCUAUAGAUGUAGCUAUGCUUCUGUGCUGGUAGGCUGAUGUGUAGUGUUGGUGCUGAUGUGUGCAGGUGGGGAGUAAGGAUUGGUUUUUGUGAUAGCUUUUUUAGUGUGGGGGGGGUGUUUUUAGUUUGUUUUUCUUCUUUCUACUUCUGUUUCUCUAAUUUAAGGCUUCUAUGGAAGGAAGCUAAUUCUGGACUAUGAUCACACCGCUCUCCUCUCCCUCAGACCGGAACCAGCACUCAGGGCAGCAGUAAUAUGUGGGCAUAAAUCCCCAGGCUUGGCAGCCUAAGGCUGGUCUGGAUUCUAAAUCCAGUAAAUCAGUUCAGCUGCAUCUAAAAAUAAGAGUUACCAACCUAAUGACUGCCCUCUCUUCAGCACAGGUAUGGCUUCAGGAUUGGACAAAGUGCUUUAAGAUGUGAACAAACUAGAAGCAAUCCAGUAAAGGAGCAAGAGGUUACAGACAGUUAAAAAGCUUUUCUUUUUUUUUUUUUUUUUUUUUUUUUUUGAGGUCAGUGAUAGAUUCUGCUUGCUAGAAAAGACCAAAAGCCUUAUUUUGCAGCAAAAGACUCUUCAAUUUGGUAAUUAAGAAAAGCUUUCUCUACCAUAAGUCACGGAAUGUUACAGUGAGAGAUUGUGAAGUUGCACUCACUAUUUAAGGACCAGACUCCUGAGAUAAAUUCCAAUUGUUUGUACAUAAAUUUGCAGAAUGGCACUUCUGUGUUUUUAGGUACAGGAUGUUUUACAAUAUGGUAUGACUGCCUUUCGAGACCACGGAACGAUCACAAGCUGUGUAAGUUCCAGUCCCAUGGGGCAGGCACAGAGGGCAGCAUGGGGCUGUGAGCCUCCCCAAGAAGAUGGCUGGUUCCAAGUGGACGAUGGCUGUACAAGAUGCCUUUCUCUUUGUGUCAGAGGCCCUGUUUUCUAACAGUUAAAUAGUACGUGCAGUCAGCUUCCGUUUAAGCUGUAUGAUUAGACACAAUGUGGUCAGGGAGCUCUGUCUCUAGCCUGGUGAGAGCUGUGGUGGGCACCUGUGUUCUGACAGCCUGGACUUUAACACUGAAGGUACUUUCUUAUUUUUUUCCUCUCAUUUAUUCCCUGACCUCCUUUCAGAUGUGUAACCAUGGUAAUAAGGACAGGAUCUGAAGGCAGUUCGUUGCUUUAAAUACAUGCCACGGCUCUAAUAGUUAACUAAGGCAGUGUAUUUAUAUUUUCCUAUUUGGCAAGCAGAGAAUUUUCUUCUGUGUAGUAUCACUUAACUUCCUAACCGAAUGUUUGUAUUUGAUUUGAGAAUCAAGAUAGUGGCUUUCUUCUCUAAACAAAGGAUCGUAGGAAGGUCAUCUCUAUCCCCUUUACCCUUAUCUCCCAGGCAGAGGAAGGGUGCAGCUAUUUCCAUCUGAUCUCUGGGCACUGCUCUGACAGACUGAGGAACUAGGAGGAGAAAGGAAAAAAAAAACCUGACCAAAAACUGCAAACCCAACCAUGUAUAACAUUCUAUUAUAAACGUUGGAUCUCUGAGCAUAUAAUUAAAGUAUUUGCUAGCUUUCUGAAAGUUAAAUAAGCAGGGAUACCAAGUCCAACAGCAUAGAGCGUGCUGGGGAUUACUGUUGGUGCUGUACAGGUACGCUUAAGGUAAGAAAUAACCUGUAAGGAAAAAAUCCCCCAUUUUCUAGCCUGUCCCUGUACUUGCCUGGAAAUGGAAGCUGCUGGCAAGCUCAAAUACGAAGGCCAAUGCAAGGCAGCAUUUCUCUCAGGUUGCAAAGUCUGACUUGUUUUUUUUCAUGUCUAACAUUACUUCAUGCAUGUAAGCAUGCAGUGAAAAACAACCACGCUGGUAGGAUGGGUAUCAGCCUCCUGGGAGAACAGAAAGGAGUGAAAAUACAGUGUCAUCCCAUGCAGCUUUUAGGAACUUCACUCCUUUUAAUAGCAAACGAGAAGAAAACCAAAGUGAGUAUUCCUUUUACCUGUUUUUGAAUGCUUGUGUUUUCAUCUUUGAAAAUGUUCAAUGUUAGAAAAUUCAGUGUUGCAAACCCAGAAUCCAGAGUUUUCCAUAGAAGCCUCCUUUGCAGAGCUUUACAUAGCUACAGGUAAAAUGGAUAUUUGCAAGUUCAGUCUUAAAGUUCAAGGUAACAUAGUGUGGGCUACAAAAUGAGAAGUGUUAAAAUACCAAUAGCCAGAAGGGCAAAUCCUGAAAAGCAAACAGGGAGAGGGGAAAUAAAGCUUUCACAGACGGUGCUUCUACCACCAACAUUUAUUUCUGUUAAAGCAGAUUAUAAAUCGUCAGUACAAAUAUAUAUAACUUACAUUUGCUUGUAAGGCCAAAGUUUAAAAGUAAAGUUAAAAUGAGAUGGAUUUCACAAGUCACCAGAGGCAGAACCUGGACGAGCUGCAGCCUUACCACAAGGUUUCACAAAUCCGUGGAAAAAAUAAAAACAAAAGUUAAAAAAAAAAAAAAAAAA